GCAGAGAGAGUGUGUGUAUGUGUGGAGCGGUUGUGUUGGACGGGGUAUUUCUCUGAACUGAGACGUGCUGUUAAUGUGAACUGGACCUGCAUUUACACACUACCGCUGAUAUGGAGCCCAGACAACAGGGUUUGUUGGACAAAGAGCCUCUAAAGGAAGUGGACGAGGAUAUGGUGUCAGAGGUGGAUCUCACCAACACUAUCACAGAAGAGGAGCGAGAGGAAAUGGAGAAUGAGCUGAUUAAGUUAGAUGAAGAAAUCACUACUUUGAAACAAGUCCUGGCCUCCAAAGAAAAGCGUCACUUGGAGCUGAAACAGAAACUAGGGAUCACACCCCUGAGUGAACUGCGACAGAACUUCUCCAAGAGCUGGUAUGACAUGCAGACCACCACAGCAUACAAAAAGACAUCUGAGACCCUGACCACGGCUGGACAGCGGACCUCAGUGGCCUUCAGUAACCUGGGCAAUGCCAUCACCAGGAAGUUCGGCGAUGUGAGGUCAUAUUCUCUUGGCUAUUCUAUACGGCAUUCAAUGAGCAUGCCUACAAUGAGGAACUCGCCUAGCUUCAAGUCCUUUGAGGAGAAAGUCGAAAGCACAGUUUCAAACAUUAAGUCAAAGGUUGGAGGAACAGGAGGGGCGGGCAGUUUUGAAGAUGUCCUGUCUUCAGCAGCCCAAGCCAGCGCCCAGGACACCCCUACUAAUAAUGUGACCGAGAACAGUGAGCGCUAAGGGUUUCAGUGGUCAACCAGUGGAACUCUGAUGACCCCUAGUGGUUUGGAGACCACAGUGAAAGUUGCACCAGGGGCCCCAAAAAACGAGAAGGGUAAAACUGCAGCCUGGAGAUCUCCUAAAAGGGGCGGGAACUCCAAAACAGGGUGGGACCUCCAAAAUAGGGCGUGGCUUCCUCCCAUUGAGAGACAGGUGCAUGACAUGCAUGCACAAUUUUUCCACCAAUCCACUUUAGUGCAAACUCCGCCCUAAAGCUGAUUCUGAAGUUUUUAUUGGAUGUGUCUGUUAAAGUGUUUCCUAAACUAUGCAACAAAAAAGCUAACCCCUAAACCUACCCCACACCUUACCUUAACCAGUGAAAUUGACUGAAUGGCGGGAUUGGUGCUGAAUAGCGUGGUAAAGAAAGUUUCAGUUCAGGAAAUGAACAGUUAAUAAGAUUAUGCGAUAU